UUAUGUCAACGCCAAUUUGCUUUAACGCUGCUGCGCCUGUGUGUGAAAAGAAAAAUAGUAGAAUAGACAAAAUUUUCACUUUUCGUGAAAAUUGAAAGAAAAUUCAAAUUUUAAAUUCAACCGUUUAUAUUGGUUUGCAGGUGUGUUCUGCGUAACGGGCGGAGUCAGUGUGACUGAUAUAGUGCGGCGAAAACGAUCGAUUCUUUCAGUGCCUAGGCAGACAACAAAGGCUGUAUAUUUUCAAAGAGACUCUGUUAACUAAUUUAAAAAACUUUAGUUAAACUAGUUUUUGAUUUAUUUGUGCGCAUUUUAUGGCUACUGGCGGUGGAGGUGCCGUUGGCCUGAGUGGCUCCGGCAGCGGUGGUAUCGGUACCACAGCAGGUGCUAAUGCCAUCAAUUUACAAGCGCUCCAAACAUUCCAUCAUCGUUGUGGACGGCGUAUAACACUUUCGAAUGGCAAUCGCACCGCGGCGCGUUCUGUGCGUGAUUUUAGUCAUGCGUUGGUAUUUAGCGCCGAACCGCUGACAGACGAUGUACUCUUCGAAGUGGUGAUUGAGAAGAAGAAUCAUUCGUGGGGCGGCAGUAUUGAAAUUGGUGUUACAUCCGAAUCACCAGAGAAGCUUGAAUUGCCCUCUUGUGCUACCGCAAUGCGUAAUGGCACAUGGGUAAUGUCUGGUAUUGAUGUGCGCAAAGACGGCGUUUGCCUAAUUGAAUUCUAUGGCACCGACUUGGAGACAUUGGGUGAGCGUGAUCGUGUUGGUGUUAUGCGCACUUCCAACAAUGAAUUAGUGUUUUAUGUGAAUGGCGAGCCACAAGGUGUGGCAGCGCGCAAUAUGCCCAAAACGUUGUGGGCAUUGGUUGAUUUGUAUGGACGUUGUGUGCAAGUGUCACUGUGUCCUACGGAUGUGGGCGGCUCGGGGGACUACGCCGAAACAGCUCUCCAGCAAGCACAGCAAAUUGUGCAGAAUAUCGAUGUGCCGAUGAGUGUGGAUGUGACGGUAGUUUCAACGGCAUCGCCAACAACAAACAACGCCUGCAUAGCCAACAAUAAUAGCAGUGGCGGUGGUUUGGUAUCAACCUUCAGCACGAACUCAGAUAUUAAUGCUGCUCUUUCGAGUUUGGGCAGCGCAGGCGCCGCUGCCAUUUCCGCAAUUUCACAAACUGGCUUGCAUAGCGCUUUACCGUUAUCAUCUUCGGCGGCGGCAGUGAUUGCGAAUAAUACCGCAACACUGCAAAACGUUGGCGAUUUUUACGAUACAGAUAGAUUGCGUUUCCACACACGCUGCGGUUCGCUUGUCAAGCUUUCGCCGCAUUGUCGCAGCGCGGAACGUCGACGUCCGUUAGAUGAGUUCAAUAAUGGCGUGGUAAUGACACAUCGGCCGCUGAAGGAUAAUGAGCUCUUUGAGAUACGCAUCGAUAAGUUGGUGGAUAAAUGGUCCGGUUCCAUAGAAGUAGGUGUGACGACGCACAAUCCAUCGGUGCUACACUUCCCAGCGACAAUGACAAAUAUGCGCAGCGGCACUAUAAUGAUGUCUGGCUGUGGUAUACUCACAAAUGGCAAGGGCACACGGCGUCAGUACGGCGAAUUUAAUUUGGAUGAACUACGUGAAGGUGAUCGUGUGGGCAUGAUGCGCAAGUCUAACGGCAAUUUACAUUACUAUAUAAAUGGCCAGGAUCAGGGUGUGGCUGCAACGCGUGUCGCUCAAACUCUGUGGGGUGUCAUAGAUCUCUAUGGCAUGACGACGAAAGUGACGAUUGUGGAUCGAGAUGAGCGCGAACAGCAAAAUUUAGUAACACGCCGUAAUAAUCUGAUACUCACCGCCGCUUCGGGUUUAACUAGCGGCAAUACGGCAAUCGAUAGCAUUGGUGCUACAAAUGCGCUUAUUACGGCGAAUUCGGCUACACCGACACCCGUGUUGAGUUUGCUUAGUCCCGAAGGUGAAGUUAAUUCAGCAGUGGCUGCUGCCGCGGCCGCUUUGGGUGAAUCAACGUUAUCUGGCACAAAUACGCAGCGCAAUGACGAUCGUCUAACCUUCCAUCCGAUUUGUGGUUCACAUGCUACGGUCACGCAUAGCGGACGCACAGCGCUGCGACCGAACGCAUCUGAUGACUUCAACAAUGGCGUUGUGCUAACACGUCGUCCCCUACGUCCAAACGAACUAUUCCAAGUGCGUCUCGAGCGUGUUGUUACCAAAUGGGCUGGAUCUGUGGAGAUGGGUGUGACCACGCAUAGCGCUGAAGAGCUGGAUUUUCCUUUCACCAUGACCAAUGUGCGCUCGGGCACUUGGAUGAUGACUGGCAAUGGUGUUAUGCACAAUGGCAUUACAGUGAUCGAGCAAUAUGGGCAGAAUCUGGACCGUUUGCAGGUGGGCGAUCGCGUGGGUGUGGUGCGCAAGGACGACGGUACGUUACAUUUCUGGGUGAAUGGCGUGGAUCAGGGAGCGGCAGCGACCAAUGUGCCGGAACGCGUCUUUGGUGUUAUCGAUCUGUAUGGACAGGCGGCGCAGGCUAGCAUAAUUGAUACAUCUGAAUGUGGCAGUCCGGAUACGGGAAAUUCCACCAUCUCGAAUACAACGCUCUACAGUGAGCCACCGUUGCGCUUCCACACCAUACAUGGCAAAAAUGCUGGCAUCUCCAAUGGCGGUCUCACCGCCUCCCGUCCGAAUUCGCUGGCCGAAUUCAAUGAUGCCAUUGUCUUCAGUAAUCGUCCGCUGCGUCAGCGUGAACUUUUCGAGGUUGUGCUCGAUACCAUGGUGCGUCACUGGUCGGGCAACAUCGAGAUCGGUGUGACGGGCACACGUCCCGAGGAUAUACAACUCGCCGCCAAUGCGACCGAUUUGGACGCCAACGAUAUGAUAAUACUCUGUGGCUCUAUGAUAUUUCAUAAUCGCAAAACUAUACGCUCCAAUGUGCUGAUCGAUUUGGAUAGCUUGGGCGAGGGCACACGUGUUGGUGUCAUGCGUAACGGCGAUUAUGUGCAUUUCUUCAUAGAUGGCGUCGAUCAGGGACCAGCCUGUGAGUGUCGUAUGCCCAAUGUGUGGGCGGUGAUCGAUUUGUAUGGGCAGUGUGCGCAAGUGACGCUCACACAAUCGCAGCCAGACAUACGUGCACCGUAUGCGACCAGCGAGAAUUCACAAAGCUGUCAAGCCACCUCGGUUAUACAGCCGGCAACGUCGGAGUUGAAGCAUCGCUGGACCUGCAUAUCGGGUAAUGUGACGCUCUCGCAAAGUUGGACGGUGGCAUCACGCAUUACGGGCGCUUCGGCGGCACUCUCGCGUUGUGUGGUCUUCUCAGAGCAUCCGUUGAGUGUGGGUGCGCCAUUCGAAAUCAAAUUAAUCUCGCACAAUUCGUUGUUCGCAGGUUGUCUCAAUAUCGGCGUUACCGAUUUGAAUCUCUCCGACGACUAUGUGCGCAAAAAUAUACCGUUAAGUAUUAAACGCAUUCCUGCCAAUGUUUGGUAUGUCUCCGGCAAUGAGGUGCGUCACAAUUCCACGUUGCUACAGCGUUCAAUGGCUUCGUUGGAGUGGCUGCGUGUUGGUGAUCGUGUGGCGCUCGAGUUGACGCCGGCACGCACGCUGCGCAUACUGCUGAACUCCGAGGACAUGAAUAUACAGUUUCAGAAUGUGCCCAAUGAUGUUUACGUCGUUGUUGAACUGCAAGGCUCCACCAUGGCUGUGCAAGUGAUCUCUUCACAAGGUCCGACAUCACCGCUGCGCCCCUGUAGUUUGAGAUUACAGGACUCACUGGACUUUGGUGUUGAUCCGCUCAACAAGCAGGAUUCGAUGUUGGAAUCAAUCGAUUCGGAGAUGCAAACUUACGAGUUCUCCGAGCUACAUGGCAAACAUGUGCGUCUCUUGGAUGAACAUCGUUCCGCUAUGCGCGUACAGUCGUACAAUCAAGGCGUCGUAUUUGUAGGCAAACCGUUAUGCAAGGGCGAGAGCAUUAGUAUCAAAGUGGACGCAGUCAAUCCCAAAUGGAAGGGCACAAUCGGUGUCGGCGUUGUUGCGGCGUGCCCGCAACCCACGAGUGUCUCACAAUUGCCGAUCUCAAUUUUGCAUUGCAAACGUCCGUGUUGGGUGGCCACACACGAUUACAUCAAUAUAAAUGGUCAGAAGAUAGCGUCGAAAUAUGGCGAAGCGCUGGAACAAAUACAGCCGGGCACAGUCAUCACUAUGACACUCUCGAACGUCGGCAUGUUGGUCAUUAUGGUCGGUUCCAUUAAUUUGGAGGACUUGGCUGCCGGUUUGCCCAAUCACGUCUACCCAGUCUUCGAUCUCUAUGGUAAAUGUGAGAAGAUUUCACUGAUUACCAGCAACGAUGUGGGUCGCAAUAGCACGCCGAUUAUUGAGGAGGCCGCCGCUUUGGAGUAUGACAACUUGCAGGAGCAGGAUGGCGGUGUGCCGCAAUGUGAAAAGGCCGAUUUGGAGAUGCAUGAAAAGGAAACGGAGCAGCUGUCACAGCAGCAGCAGCAGGCAAUGCAGACAUCUGGCGGUGCGGUGGGCGGUGUAGCUGCGGGCAGCGGUACCAGUAAUGCGGCGAUGAAUCGUUCGGUGAUGGAAAGCGUAUCGGAGAAUUUAUUGUUGAAUAUUUCGAUUAAAAAUCGUACACUGGAGCAAAAUCGCGCUGUUGAGUCGAAUGCCGCUAACACUUCGUGCUGUCUACGUGAAUCACUGCAACUACAGCACAAUACCAAUCUCAACAUACAACGCAGUCAGAGCACGCAACGUUUCCAAAACGCCAUGAACGCAUCGGUUAACUCCAGCACGCAAGGUGGCGCUAUUGGUGACACGGUCGUGGCUUCAACAUCCGCUACAUCCACAAACACAGCUGCGUCGAAUAAUAACGCCAGCGCUACUACUACCGCCACAACAACAGCUGCUCCUUACGUGCAUGAUACGAAUAAAGAUUACGAGGCGUUGGAAGAGGCCGGCGCUGUUGGCGGUAUGUCACUGCAAAGCGAACUGCGCCGUUGCAGCUCCAAGGAGAAUUUACUUAGCGAUCAGCGUUCCGCCAACAAUUUGGACGCUUUAGAAAUGCUGGUCAGUAGCGUUGGUAUACCUGGCGCCGUUGCGAGUCGUUUGCCCGAUAUUCCGACAGCUAAUGAGCGUGCGCUCGAAACUGAUAGCAAUUUAACUGCCAGCGCUUUAGAUGCUGCUGCUGCUGCUGCUAGUGGUGGCGUGGCGGCCGUUGGCAACUUGGAGCCAACUGUUGGUAAUGUUGGCUCACACGAGAAUGCGGCAGCGGAGCGCGCCGUUGAAGAAGUCGAUGUGGACGAUGAUGAUGACGAUGACAAUGAUGAUGAUGACGACGAUGAUGAUGAUGACGAUGAUCUCGAGGACAAUGAUAAUUUGGAUCACUUGUUACUGUUGCAACAACAACAUGAUUUGUUGCGUUUACGCUACCAGCAAUUGAGUCAACCAUUAACGUCGGCGUUUGGUGCACUCUCCUCCGCAUCGGCUUCCUCACAAUUCGAUUCGCUACAGUCGAUACCCUCCAUUGAACGCAAGGAUUGCGAGUAUCUGAAGUUGGUGCAACAAUUUCGCGCCUCACUCGUUUUGCCGCAAUCCUUCUUCCAACCGCUAACCGAUCCGAUUUGCUUUUGCGCGCACUGCAAUGCUUUCACAUCGGAAAAGCUGCACGGUUGGGUCUAUUUCAAGUUGAAUCAACAAACGGUCAACUCGGCCGCCGCGCAGCAUUCGCUCGACAUCGGCGACUGGCUGCCGCUCUACUACAUGACGCGUGUCGAUAAAAUACGCGCCAUACUCGAUCACGGGCAACCACUGCCGCUGGAGUCGAGCUGUGAAUCGCACACCAGCCUCGGCAAUCAGAAAGAUGAGCCCGGCACGCGUCUGGAAUUGCACUUCUCACCCAAUGCCGCCAGCAUCGUGUCGAUGAAUAGCCAACACAAAUACAAUGUCAACGCGCAUUCGUAUCGCAUCGGCACCGCUUUCGAAGUGUACGUGCGUCGUCAGUCGCUCUGCCUCACGAAUAGCAGCAAAAUGAAUGUGAACGCCGCGGUGGCGGCCUCAUCGAGCGCUGCAGCGGCGGCGCUUAGUUUGCUGGAGCGUCGCUCGUCGGCUGACUUGUUGCAACCGCACGAAUCGAGUAGCGGACUGACGCUUGAACAGAGCAGUAGCAGCAGCGGUGGCGCGGGCAGCAUUAGUGGCGGCUCAGCAUCGAGCGCGUCGCUCAAAGACAUGACGUGGUUCACGAAGGAGGCUGGCGCUUGUGUCAUAACGGCGCUCAUACUGAAGUUGGAGAAAAUAACGCCGUCUAGGGAUGUCGGUGGUGGUCUCAGUCUCGCUUUAGAUGGCAAUUAGGCGCUGGAGAAAGCAGUAUAAGAAAAAUACAAAUAACGUCCUGGUUUGUUGCAGCAUUGUGUGGAUAGUCAAAAUGGCUACGCUUCAAUUAGCAUUGCUAGUCUCUUUAUCUUACGUUUUUUUCUAUUCUAAGAUUACUAUUCCAAAAAGAAAUGAUAUAUAUUUUGCACUUUUGCAUACAAUUCUAUAUACAUAUAUACAAGCAUAUAUAACGUUAUAAAUUAUUGUAAUGUCAUGUAAAAUUAUUUAGUUUUGUAGUUUAACUGCUGGUCGACAAGGCAGUGCGCAGAUUCUUCAUCCAUUAUUUAUUUAUACAUUGAGAUUAGUUUAGUUCUGCGUUAAGCACUUGUAGAGAACAAUGAAAAUGGUGAAAAUGCUGGCGUAUUGAAGUAUUAAAGGGCUUGGUCUAAAAGCUUCCUCAACUCGAAAGCUUCUAAGCGCAUAAAAAAAUAUAUACAGGCUUAUAUAUAUUGAAAACACUGUAUUAAGAAGCUUUGGAUUCUUUGAAAAUGCUAAUAUUGCAUGAAACAAGCUGUUAAUUAAAAGAUUAAAAUAUUAGUGACAUACUCUAAAACUUUUUCAAAAGCUAUGAAUAUGAAAAUUCGACUUUUAGUAUUAAAACGGAGCUUUUUAUAGACAGAAACUCAUUCAGAGACUUGUCAAGUAAACAUUUUAAACUAUUGCUGUAUUUUUUUCGUAAAAGCUCAUUUGAAAAAGCUCUAUCCAUGAGCUUUCAUACUAAAUUAUCUAUAUUUCCCAUGAAAACUGCAAUUUAAAUACUAAAAUGCUAAACUAUUUUUAAUUCAUUUUAUUUGUGUCAUUUUGAAUUGUGCUUUGAGUAUCUCAAAAGAUUUGUAAAAAUUAUGUUUUUAAAAAUUGCUAAUUUGUGCACUUUAUGUAAACUUUAAAGAAUGAUUGAAGCUUUGUAUAAGAAAGCUCUGGAAAAUUGUUAACUUUUUUAUUGAAUUCCGCUAUUGAAAACUUUGAGCUUUUAUAAUUGCUAACUUUAGCACUUUUUGAAAGCUUUAAAACAUGAUUGAAGCUUAGACCUUGCAUAUGAAAGCUUUGGAAAAGUUUUAUGUAAACUUUAAAGAAUGAUUGAAGCUUUUUAUAUGAAAGCUUUUGGAAAAGUUGUUAACUUUUUUUAUUGAAUUCCGCUAUUAAACGCUUUGAGCUUUUAUAAUUACUAAUUUGAGCACUUUAUGUAAACUUUAAAGCAUGAUUGAAGCUUAAGCCUAGCAUAUGAAAGUUUUGGAAAAGUUGUCAACUUUUUAUUAAAUUCCGCUAUUAAAAGCUUUGAGGUUUCAUACUAAAAAAAUUGUUUCUAACAGCAAUGGGUGUGCAAUUUUUAUAAAAAUAAAAUUCUACAAUGUUUUUAAAGUAUUUCUUCAUUACUAUUAAAAGUUGCCUAACUAAAGCUUGCUCUAAAAGCUUUGAGCUUUCACACCGAAAUCAAAAUAACUUGCAUGGAGCUUAUUUUAUAUGGAAUUGAAUGACCAAUUAGUCUAAAAAAACAUAAAUUUUGCAGAAAUUAUAAUAUUUAUUGUAAAAUUAUAAAGAAUCUUCUUUGUAGAUAAAAAAAAGAAAAUUUAAUACAAAAAUUACAAC